AUGUCGCUGUGCCUCAAUCGCCUCCAAGAGGAACGUAAGCAGUGGCGUCGCGACCAUCCCUUUGGCUUUGUCGCAAAGCCCCAGAAGACUCCACAGGGCACUCUGGACCUGAAGCGCUGGGAGUGUGCUAUCCCCGGAAAGAAGGAUACUCUGUGGGAAGGAGGCAUCUUCAAGAUGGACGUGAUUUUCCCCGAUGGCAAAUUCACUCCUCCACUGUUCCACCCCAACGUUUAUCCCUCCGGCACCGUCUGCCUCUCUAUUCUCAACGAGGAGGAAGCAUGGCGCCCGGCAAUCACCAUCAAGCAGCUCUUGCUCGGCAUCCAAGACUUACUGAAUGACCCGAACCCCGAUUCGCCGGCGCAGGCCGAGGCCUACAACCUCUUCAAGAAGGAUCGUCCGGCAUAUGAGCGUCGCGUCAAGCAGGUCGUUAAGGACAACCCGCCCAUGUAG